UGUAAAAAAACUAUAGAGAGUAGUAGUAACAGUGUUUUUCUGGUUCGGUGAAAAUGAAGUGCUUAAAAUCCACCAGACGCUUAAUAAGCAACUCCUGUAUAAGACGAAUUUUUAGUGCGAUAGAGGAUAUUUCGAAAAGCGAUAUAGGAUUCGAAAAUGCUCUCCCUUACAAGAUGGUACCAGGGCCUAAACCUCUACCUUUCCUAGGAAAUAAUUGGAGAUUUAUCCCAUUGAUAGGAGGCUUCGAAAUAGAACAUAUCGACAAAGUGUCUCAAAAUUUAUUUGAGAAAUACGGGAAAAUUGUUAAGAUGGAGGGACUCUUGGGAAGACCUGACAUGUUAUUUUUGUUCGACCCCAGUGACAUAGAACAAGUUUUUCGUCAAGAAGAUAUUCUGCCCUUUAGGCCAUCUAUGCCAUCUUUAAAUUAUUAUAAGCAUAUGCACAGGAAAGACUUCUUUGGAGAACAUGGUGGAGUCAUUGCAGUCCAUGGCGAGAAGUGGCAGUCGUUUCGCUCAAAAGUCAACCAAAUAAUGAUGCAACCUCGAAUCGCCAAAAUGUAUGUCACGACCAUAGCGUCUACUGCCCAGGAGUUUGUAGAACGUGUCAAAUCGUUGCAAAAUUCGAGGGGGGAGAUGCCCGACGACUUUUUAAACGAGCUUCACAAGUGGUCUUUGGAAUCUAUUGCAAAGGUGGCUUUAGAUGUACGUUUGGGCUGUUUAGACGAAAAUUCUCAUCCGGAUACUCAAAGACUGAUAGAUGCUGUGAAUACUUUUUUUAUAAACGUACCUGUUUUAGAGUUAAAAAUCCCAUUUUGGAAGCUAGUAAGAACCCCAACAUUUAAUAAAUAUAUAGAAGCUCUAGACACAAUUAGGGAGAUUUGUAUGAAAUAUAUUACAAAAUCGUUGGAACAUUCAGUGAAACCUAAUGAAGAAAAUGAGAUAUCAAUUUUACAGAGAAUUUUAAGACUGGAAAAUGAUACUAAAAUAGCUACAAUUCUAGCAUUGGAUAUGUUUUUGGUUGGUAUUGACACGACUUCGAAUGCUGCUGCAUCUAUUUUAUAUCAACUAGCAAUCCACCCUGAAAAGCAGAGAAUACUUAGCAAUGAAGUAUUAAAUGCUUUACCCGAUAAAUCUUCGCCAAUAACCAGCGAAAAGUUAGAGAAAAUGGCAUAUUUAAAGGCGUGUAUAAAGGAAACACUGCGAAUGUACCCUGUAGUUAUUGGAAAUGGCAGGCAAACAACUACCGACUGCAUUAUAGGUGGAUAUCAAAUUCCUAAAGGGGUACAAGUGAUUUUUCAACAUUACGUCAUAAGCAACGAGGAAGAGUACUUCCCGCGAAGCAAGGAAUUUCUUCCUGAAAGGUGGCUGAAGUCUAGUCCCUUUUUCAAAGAGCACCACCCAUUCGCGUCCUUACCGUUUGGAUUUGGGAAAAGAAUGUGCCUUGGGCGGAGAUUUGCAGAUUUGGAAUUGCAAACUCUUCUAGCAAAGGUUGUUAGAAAUUACACCUUGGAAUACCACCAUAAAAAAUUAGACUACUUUAUUCACCCAAUGUACACGCCAAAUGGCCCCCUAAGAAUAAGAUUUAUAGAAAAAUGUGUUUAA